GGAGCAAGGCCUUGUUCCCGCGUUGAGCCGCCGCCGCCGCCGCCUCCUCCUCCUCCUCCUCCUCCUCAGCUUCAGCCUCCGCGCCAGGCCCGGCCCCGCCGCGCCAUGUCGGACUACAGCACAGGAGGACCCCCUCCCGGGCCGCCGCCCCCCGCCGGCGGGGGUGGGGGAGCCGGGGGCGCCGGGGGAGGCCCUCCGCCGGGCCCGCCGGGCGCAGGGGACCGGGGUGGCGGCGGCCCGGGUGGCGGCGGCCCGGGUGGAGGGUCUGCCGGGGGCCCCUCGCAGCCGCCCGGCGGAGGAGGCCCGGGCACCCGCAAGGACGCCUUUGCCGACGCUGUGCAGCGGGCCCGCCAGAUCGCAGCCAAAAUUGGAGGCGAUGCUGCCACAACCGUGAAUAACAGCACUCCUGAUUUUGGUUUUGGGGGCCAAAAGAGACAGUUGGAAGAUGGAGAUCAGCCAGAGAGCAAGAAACUGGCUUCCCAGGGAGACUCGAUUGGUUCUCAGCUUGGACCCAUCCACCCUCCACCACGGACUUCAGUGACAGAAGAAUACAGGGUCCCGGACGGCAUGGUUGGCCUGAUCAUUGGUAGAGGUGGUGAACAAAUUAACAAAAUCCAACAGGACUCAGGUUGUAAAGUACAGAUCUCUCCAGACAGCGGUGGGCUGCCUGAGCGCAGCGUGUCCCUGACCGGAGCCCCAGAGUCUGUCCAGAAAGCAAAGAUGAUGCUGGAUGACAUUGUGUCUCGGGGUCGUGGGGGACCCCCAGGCCAGUUCCAUGACAGUGCCAAUGGGGGUCAGAAUGGCACUGUGCAGGAGGAGAUUAUGAUCCCUGCGGGCAAGGCUGGCCUGGUCAUUGGCAAAGGCGGGGAGACGAUUAAACAGCUGCAGGAACGCGCCGGGGUGAAGAUGAUCCUAAUUCAGGACGGAUCCCAGAACACGAAUGUGGACAAGCCUCUGCGGAUCAUCGGGGACCCUUACAAAGUGCAGCAAGCCUGCGAGAUGGUGAUGGACAUCCUCCGUGAACGUGACCAGGGUGGCUUUGGGGACCGGAAUGAGUACGGAUCUCGGAUUGGCGGGGGCAUUGAUGUCCCGGUGCCCAGGCAUUCUGUCGGGGUGGUCAUUGGCCGGAGCGGUGAAAUGAUCAAGAAGAUCCAGAAUGAUGCCGGGGUGCGGAUUCAGUUCAAGCAAGAUGAUGGGACAGGACCGGAGAAGAUUGCUCACAUCAUGGGCCCCCCAGACAGGUGUGAGCAUGCAGCCCGGAUUAUCAACGACCUCCUCCAGAGCCUCAGGAGUGGUCCCCCAGGCCCUCCAGGAGGUCCCGGCAUGCCCCCAGGAGGCCGGGGCCGGGGCCGGGGCCAAGGUAGCUGGGGCCCCCCUGGCGGGGAGAUGACCUUCUCCAUCCCCACCCACAAGUGCGGGCUGGUCAUCGGCCGAGGGGGUGAGAAUGUGAAAGCCAUAAACCAGCAGACAGGCGCCUUUGUAGAGAUUUCCCGGCAGCUGCCGCCCAACGGGGACCCCAACUUCAAACUGUUCAUCAUCCGGGGCUCGCCCCAGCAGAUUGACCACGCCAAGCAGCUCAUCGAGGAGAAGAUCGAGGGUCCCCUGUGCCCUGUCGGACCAGGCCCAGGGGGACCAGGCCCUGCGGGUCCCAUGGGGCCCUUCAACCCUGGGCCUUUCAAUCAGGGGCCUCCAGGGGCUCCCCCCCAUGCCGCUGGACCCCCUCCUCACCAGUACCCGCCUCAGGGCUGGGGCAAUACCUAUCCCCAGUGGCAACCACCUGCUCCUCAUGACCCAAGUAAAGCCGCCGCUGCAGCCGCAGACCCUAAUGCCGCCUGGGCUGCCUACUACUCCCACUACUACCAGCAGCCCCCAGGCCCCGUGCCGGGACCUGCUCCGGCCCCCGCAGCCCCGCCCACCCAAGGGGAGCCGCCACAGCCACCGCCCACCGGGCAGUCCGACUACACCAAGGCCUGGGAGGAGUACUACAAGAAGAUCGGCCAGCAGCCCCAGCAGCCCGGCGCGCCCCCUCAGCAGGACUACACGAAGGCCUGGGAGGAGUACUACAAGAAGCAAGCCCAAGUGGCCACUGGAGGGGGUCCGGGAGCACCCCCAGGCUCCCAGCCGGACUACAGCGCCGCCUGGGCUGAGUAUUACAGACAGCAGGCCGCUUACUACGGACAGACUCCCGGUCCCGGGGGCCCCCAGCCGCCUCCCACCCAGCAGGGACAGCAGCAGGCAAGUGGGAAUUGCCACCCUCCUCCUCCUCCUUUCUCCUUCCAACCCCCGGCCACCGUCCAUCCUGCCUUAGUGGGUAGCGCCGGCAAUCCCUUCCCCUGCGGGGUGUGCCCUUGAUGCCUGCAGCGGAGGCCGCGUGGCCAAGGUCUCCGGGAGCGCCCAGCCUGCCGCCGCCGGAAGCGCACGCGGGGCGGAGGUGACCGGAAGAGGCCUCCCUCCGCCUGCCGCUUGUUCCUGUGUAACGCUGUCGUGAUGCUGGGGAGCGCAACACCCAGAGGUGGAACUUGUGGACUGGUGGGUAGUCCUGGGGGUGGGACAGGCCAGCAGCGCCUGUGCGGUCGCCGUCCUGGCUGCUGACCCACUCAAACUCUGGCCUCUUGGGAAGUAAAUGUCCAUUUCCCCCUCUGCAUCACUCUUUUCGGUUUUUGUUCUUUUCCUUUUAUUUUUUUGAAGCCACGAUCUUAUCCGGUGUCCAAGUGACUCGUUGCAGGGGCCCGGUCUGGCGGGGCUGAGGGGCCUGGGAGCCCUGAGGGGACACCCGGACCCCUCCCGCCGCCGCCCCCUCGCCGCUCUCCUCGCGCGCUGCCUCUGUGUCCAGGUCUUGUCUGUGAAGUGGGCGUGACGAUCAUUGCCACCUUCCAACCUACCUCACAGGGGUGUUGUGGGGACACCGUGGUCUCUGAAUGUUGUUGUGACGCGCCGGGAGCCGCCUGCCUUCCUCCCCGUGCCCCAGACAGAGGGCACCCUCUCACUGGCCUCCCCUGUGCUUCUGCCUCCUCUGUGGCCUCUGUUUCUCUCUCCUCUCUGCUGAGCCCCUUCCUCCUCCAGCAAGGAGUGGACAGUCGUGAACUAGGUGGCCGCAUAGUCCCCCGAGCCGAAGGCCUGGGGCCGGGCGCCGCCCUCCACCCCACCUGCCCGGUGUCCCGCCUCGCCCAGUCCCCUCUCCUGGUGACCAAUUCCUGUCUCUUCCCUCUCCGCAGGCUCAGUGAAUCGAAUGAAUGUGAACUUCUUCACCUGUGAAAAUUCUUUCUUGUUUCCCAUUUGUUCUGUUGGGGCUCUUUCCUUUGUUUACUGUUUCCUCAGUGCGGUGAGAGAGGGAUGGCCGGGCCUCGCGCUUAGGCCUGUGUGUCUCGCGCCCUCUCCUUUCAGUCGGGAACUUCACGUUGAGCCAGCCUUAGAAGAGAGCGAGAAUUCAAUCUCUGCCAAAACCCCCUAAAACUUAGAGAACACGAAGAGCAGAAUAAAAGCUAUAAAAUGAUAGAUAUAUAUAAAUCUCUAUCCCCCAGCCCAGCCUUCCUGACACUGCCCCUGUGGGCAAAACAAUCCAUUUGUCCCUACUGCCCAUAGCCCUCUUCUUGUUUUUAAAAUAAACUUUAAAAAGGAAAAAAGAAGUCACUCUUGCUAUUUUCUGGGGUAUUUUUUUCUUUUUCUCUCCUUUUUUCUUCUUCUGGUUAGAGUUGGAACAUUCCUUGGACCAGGUGUCCGUGUCACAGGACCCUCCCCACCUCUCUCCUCUGCUCUUCUCCCUAGCUCAGCCCCGCGCCCACCCCCCCCUUCCCAGGACUGGUCUGAUCUUUUGUCUUUUCAUCUGUUCAAGACGAGAUUGAAACUGAAAACAAUGAGAACAAAAACAAAACUUGUAUGGCAGUUUUUACUUUUUAUCGCUCGUUUUUAACUUCACAAAUAAAUGAUAACAAAACCUCCCCUUGUCUGCCGGGUGCUGUCUGUCUGCCCUCCCUUCCCUGUAGUUUUGAAGCAGAUGUUUGUUCUUUAUAGAUGUUGUUUAAAAAAGAAAAAAAAGCCUGGUAAUGGUGAUUGGAAAUUACUUGCUUUGUGUUUUUGGUUUUUUUUUUAAGAAAAAUAUAAAAUAGUUUUCUGCA